UAGAGAAGAGCGGAGGAGAGGGGAGGGAGCGCAGCUUGGUUGCUCCGUAGUACGGCGGCUCGCGAGGGAGAAUCCCUAGCGGGCUCCGGGACGCACGGAGAGGCGGGCGGGCAGGCGGGCGGGGAUGGUGUGUUGGGCUGAGGCUCCUGCGUCCCUCUCCGCCGCAAGUGAGCUGCACUGAUUUGUCCCUGGGGCGGCAGCGCGGACCCGCCUGGAGAUGAGGCGUCAAUUAGCAAGGUAAAAGUAACAGAACCAUGGCUCAGUUUCCAACACCUUUUGGAGGCAGCCUGGAUAUCUGGGCCAUAACUGUAGAGGAAAGAGCAAAGCACGAUCAACAGUUUCAUAGUUUAAAGCCAAUAUCCGGAUUUAUUACUGGUGAUCAAGCUAGAAACUUUUUUUUUCAAUCUGGGUUACCUCAGCCUGUUUUAGCACAGAUAUGGGCGCUAGCUGAUAUGAACAAUGACGGGCGAAUGGAUCAAGUGGAGUUUUCCAUAGCUAUGAAACUUAUCAAACUGAAACUACAAGGGUACCAACUCCCUUCCACACUUCCCCCUGUCAUGAAACAGCAGCCGGUCGCUAUUUCUAGUGCACCAGCCUUUGGAAUAGGAGGCAUCGCCAGCAUGCCGCCACUCACAGCUGUUGCUCCGGUGCCAAUGGGAUCCAUUCCAGUUGUGGGAAUGUCUCCACCUCUAGUAUCUUCUGUUCCUACAGCAGCAGUGCCUCCCCUGGCUAACGGGGCUCCCCCUGUUAUACAACCUCUACCCGCAUUUGCUCAUCCUGCAGCCACAUUGCCAAAGAGCUCUUCCUUCAGUAGAUCUGGUCCAGGGUCACAAUUAAACACUAAAUUACAGAAGGCACAGUCAUUUGAUGUGGCUAGUGCCCCUCCCGCGGCAGAAUGGGCUGUCCCUCAGUCAUCCAGACUGAAAUACAGACAGUUAUUCAAUAGUCAUGACAAAACUAUGAGUGGACACUUAACAGGUCCCCAAGCAAGAACUAUUCUUAUGCAAUCAAGUUUACCACAGGCUCAGCUGGCUUCAAUUUGGAAUCUUUCUGACAUUGAUCAAGAUGGAAAACUCACAGCAGAAGAAUUUAUCCUGGCUAUGCACUUGAUUGAUGUAGCGAUGUCUGGCCAACCACUGCCACCUGUCCUGCCUCCAGAGUACAUUCCGCCUUCCUUUAGACGAGUUCGAUCUGGCAGUGGUAUAUCUGUCAUCAGCUCAACGGCAGUAGAUCAGAGGUUACCAGAGGAACCAGUUUUAGAAGAUGAGCAACAACAGCUAGAGAAGAAAUUGCCCGUAACAUUUGAGGAUAAAAAGCGUGAGAAUUUUGAGCGUGGCAACCUGGAACUGGAGAAGCGGAGGCAGGCUCUCCUGGAACAGCAGCGCAAAGAGCAGGAGCGCCUGGCCCAGCUCGAGCGUGCGGAGCAGGAGAGGAAAGAGCGGGAGCGCCAGGAGCAGGAGCGCAAGAGACAACUGGAGCUGGAGAAGCAACUGGAAAAGCAGCGGGAACUAGAACGGCAGAGAGAGGAGGAGAGGAGGAAGGAAAUCGAGAGACGGGAGGCUGCAAAACGAGAACUCGAAAGGCAACGACAACUUGAAUGGGAACGGAAUCGAAGACAAGAACUACUCAAUCAAAGAAACAAAGAGCAAGAAGACAUAGUUGUGCUGAAAGCAAAGAAAAAGACUCUGGAAUUUGAAUUAGAAGCUCUAAAUGAUAAAAAGCAUCAACUAGAAGGAAAACUUCAAGAUAUCAGAUGUCGAUUGACCACCCAAAGGCAAGAAAUCGAGAGUACGAACAAAUCCAGAGAGUUGAGGAUUGCAGAAAUCACCCAUCUACAGCAACAGUUACAGGAGGCUCAGCAAAUGCUUGGAAGACUUAUUCCAGAGAAACAGAUACUCAAUGACCAAUUAAAACAAGUUCAGCAAAACAGUUUACACAGAGAUUCACUUCUGACACUCAAAAGAGCGUUAGAAGCAAAAGAAGUGGCUCGUCAGCAGCUCCGAGACCAACUGGAUGAAGUUGAGAAAGAAACCAGGUCGAAACUACAGGAGAUUGAUAUUUUCAAUAAUCAGCUGAAGGAACUGAGAGAAAUACAUAAUAAGCAACAACUCCAGAAACAAAAGUCCAUAGAGGCCGAACGUCUGAAACAGAAAGAACAGGAGCGAAAGAUCAUAGAAUUAGAAAAACAAAAAGAAGAAGCCCAAAGACGAGCUCAGGAGAGGGACAAGCUGUGGACUGAGCACACGCAGCCGGACAGUGAGCAGCAGCGGCCAAGGAAGAUUCACGAUGAAGAGAAACUCCGAAGGGAGGAGAGUGUCAAGAAGAAGGACGGCGAGGAGAAGGCCAAACCAGACACACAGGACAAGAUGAGUCGGCUUUUCCAUCAGCAUCAAGAACCCGCCAAGCCAGCUGUCCAGGCACCCUGGUCCACCACAGAAAAAGGCCCACUUACAAUUUCCGCACAGGAGAAUGUAAAGGUGGUGUAUUACCGAGCGCUCUAUCCUUUUGAAUCCAGAAGUCAUGAUGAGAUCACGAUCCAGCCCGGAGAUAUAGUAAUGGUGGAUGAAAGCCAAACUGGAGAACCGGGCUGGCUUGGAGGAGAAUUAAAAGGAAAGACAGGAUGGUUCCCUGCAAACUAUGCAGAGAAAAUCCCAGAAAACGAGGUUCCUGCUCCAGUCAAACCUGGGCCCGACACGACCUCUGCCCCUGCACCCAAACUGGCCGUGCGUGAGACCCCCGCUCCUGUGUCUGUGACCGCUCCAGAGCCCUCCACGACCCCCAACAACUGGGCUGAUUUCAGCUCCACGUGGCCCACCAGCACGAAUGAGAAGCCAGAAACCGACAACUGGGAUGCGUGGGCAGCCCAGCCCUCACUCACCGUCCCAAGUGCAGGCCAGCUACGGCAGAGGUCAGCCUUCACUCCAGCCACGGCCACGGGCUCGUCUCCAUCCCCUGUGUUAGGCCAGGGUGAGAAGGUGGAGGGGCUACAAGCGCAAGCCCUGUAUCCUUGGAGAGCCAAAAAAGACAACCACUUAAAUUUUAACAAAAAUGAUGUCAUCACCGUCCUGGAACAGCAAGACAUGUGGUGGUUUGGAGAAGUUCAAGGUCAGAAGGGUUGGUUCCCCAAGUCUUACGUGAAACUCAUUUCAGGGCCCAUAAGGAAAUCUACAAGCAUCGAUUCUGGUUCUUCAGAAAGUCCCGCUAGUCUAAAGAGAGUAGCGUCUCCAGCAGCCAAGCCAGCCGUUUCGGGAGAAGAAUUUAUUGCCAUGUACACUUACGAGAGUUCUGAGCAAGGCGAUUUAACCUUUCAGCAAGGGGAUGUGAUUUUGGUUACCAAGAAAGAUGGUGACUGGUGGACAGGAACAGUGGGCGACAAGUCUGGAGUCUUCCCUUCUAACUAUGUGAGGCUUAAAGAUUCAGAGGGCUCUGGAACUGCUGGGAAAACAGGGAGUUUAGGAAAAAAACCUGAAAUCGCACAGGUGAUUGCCUGCUACACUGCCACGGGUCCCGAGCAGCUCACCCUGGCCCCUGGUCAGCUGAUUUUGAUCCGAAAAAAGAACCCAGGUGGAUGGUGGGAAGGAGAGCUGCAAGCACGUGGGAAAAAGCGCCAGAUAGGCUGGUUCCCUGCUAAUUAUGUAAAACUUUUAAGCCCCGGGACGAGCAAAAUCACUCCAACGGAGCCACCGAAGCCGAAGGCGUUACCGGCAGUGUGCCAGGUGAUCGGCAUGUACGACUACAUCGCCCAGAACGACGAUGAACUGGCCUUCAACAAGGGCCAGAUCAUCAACGUCCUCAACAAGGAGGACCCCGACUGGUGGAAAGGAGAAGUCAAUGGACAAGUGGGGCUCUUCCCCUCCAACUACGUGAAGCUGACCACAGACAUGGACCCAAGCCAGCAAUGGUGUUCAGACUUACACCUCUUGGAUAUGCUGACCCCCACUGAAAGAAAGCGGCAAGGAUACAUCCAUGAGCUCAUUGUGACAGAGGAGAACUAUGUGAAUGACCUCCAGCUGGUCACAGAGAUCUUUCAGAAACCCCUGAUGGAGUCUGAGCUGCUGACAGAGAAAGAGGGUGCUAUGAUUUUUGUUAACUGGAAGGAGCUGAUUAUGUGUAAUAUCAAACUACUGAAAGCGCUGAGAGUCCGCAAGAAGAUGUCUGGGGAGAAGAUGCCUGUGAAGAUGGUCGGCGACAUCCUGACCGCCCAGCUGCCGCACAUGCAGCCCUACAUCCGCUUCUGCAGCUGUCAGCUCAAUGGGGCUGCCCUGAUCCAGCAGAAGACGGACGAGGCCCCGGACUUCAAGGAGUUUGUCAAAAGACUGGCAAUGGACCCUCGAUGUAAAGGGAUGCCACUCUCUAGUUUUAUACUGAAGCCUAUGCAACGGGUAACAAGAUACCCACUGAUCAUUAAAAAUAUCCUGGAAAACACUCCUGAAAACCACCCUGACCACAGCCACUUGAAGCACGCCCUGGAGAAAGCGGAGGAGCUGUGCUCCCAGGUGAACGAAGGGGUGCGGGAGAAGGAGAACUCCGACCGGCUGGAGUGGAUCCAAGGCCACGUGCAGUGUGAAGGCCUGUCCGAGCAACUUGUGUUCAAUUCAGUGACCAACUGCUUGGGGCCACGCAAGUUUCUGCACAGUGGGAAACUCUACAAGGCCAAGAGCAACAAGGAGCUGUAUGGCUUCCUCUUCAACGACUUCCUCCUGCUGACCCAAAUCAUAAAGCCCUUGGGCUCAUCUGGCACGGACAAAGUCUUCAGUCCCAAAUCGAACCUGCAGUACAAAAUGUACAAAACACCUAUUUUCCUGAAUGAGGUUCUAGUAAAAUUACCCACUGACCCUUCUGGAGAUGAGCCCAUCUUCCACAUCUCCCACAUUGACCGAGUCUACACCCUCCGAGCCGAAAGCAUAAAUGAAAGGACUGCCUGGGUGCAGAAAAUCAAAGCUGCUUCAGAACUCUAUAUAGAGACUGAGAAAAAGAAGCGGGAGAAGGCGUACCUGGUCCGUUCCCAAAGGGCAACAGGUAUUGGAAGGUUGAUGGUGAACGUUGUUGAAGGCAUUGAGCUGAAACCCUGUCGGUCACAUGGAAAGAGUAACCCGUACUGUGAGGUGACCAUGGGCUCCCAGUGUCACAUCACCAAGACGAUCCAGGACACUCUGAAUCCCAAAUGGAAUUCCAACUGCCAGUUCUUCAUCAAAGACCUGGAGCAGGAGGUCCUCUGCAUCACCGUGUUUGAGAGGGACCAGUUCUCUCCAGACGAUUUUUUGGGUCGGACAGAGAUCCGUGUGGCCGACAUCAAGAAGGACCAGGGUUCCAAAGGCCCAGUUACAAAGUGUCUCCUGCUACAUGAAGUCCCCACAGGGGAGAUUGUGGUCCGCUUAGACCUGCAGCUGUUUGAUGAGCCAUAGGGAGCAGGCCCUGGUUUGCUGGUAGACUUCCUCCAGCCCAAGGCAGCAGGUGCGAUCUGGACAUGGGGUUGCUUUUCUAAGACCACCAUUGGAUGUUCAGCCACAGGGCAACGGGACAGUGAAGA